GGGUUUCAUCAGAGAAGCUUACAGUGAAAGAUCUAGUGGAGGAAUAAGCCAAAGAUACAUAAAAAAGAGUGAGAUGGAUAAGAAGAGAGCUCUUCUUCGACGUCAGAAGGAGGUGGAGAAAGAUGAAAUGGUUGAUGAAGGGGGAGGUAACUGAAGAUGAUUUGGAGAAUCCGAUGGAGUGUGUUUGUGAGGAUAUUUGCAAAGAAGAACUCAUUUGUCAUACACCAAACCAUGGACAGACAAUACAUCAGAGUGGAAAUAACUUCAAGGAUCUGUUUGAUGAUUCAGCUGAUAUAAUAGAUGGUGCAAAACAAACCGAUCCUGUAGAUUCAGAUGUUCCUGAGUGUACAAAGAGUAGUGAAUGUGAUACUGGCUCAGCAGGGGCAGCAAGUUUGGAGAAUUCUGCCAAUUCAGCAGAUGUGUCACCAAGGUACUUGACCCAGUCGGACCUGCCCGAAGCUGAAGUAAGUCUUUCCGAGGAAAUGGAUGUCAGUGGUUCUUCAGGGGAGGUAUGGUUUGAUGAUCUAAACGGCAAGAACUUUAAUGAGACGAAAAGCAGCAUCACAUCUGUCCUGAGUCCUAGGGCCGAUGCUUAUCGUAAGGAGAGUGAAAGCUGUGAUAGUAUAAAAUCUAAUGAUUCUGCUCCUCGAAAUGAUUUCAGGGACUAUAAAUAUAACUUACCUGAUGUGGUUCAAAGUCAAGGACUGCAGCAUGGAUCUGAUAACAAUUCAGAGGAUCAAGUCAAAGUGAGAACAAGUCGAAAGGAAAAUCCAUAUGCAAGGAUAUCAACAGAUGGUUCAUUGUCAGAUGAUAGUCUGAAAGAGGAUGAGGAGUCUUUUGAUCUUUCCCUGAAUUCUUUUAUUUCGCCAUACGCUACAACUAAAUCACUUGCCAAAAUUUCCAGCACUCCUAAGAAUCUGUAUAAAUCUAAGGCUGCUGAACUUAGCUGUGAUGGUAUUGAACCAGUUUAUGACCCAUAUGCAACAAUAGACUCUCCAGGGGGAGAUAACUCUGACCGUAGGAAGUCAGGUGGAAGUGACAUAAACCCAUAUGCAACGCUGAAUGAUGUUACUUCUGGGGACCUAAAUGAUGGUGUUCUGCACUCCUCUAAGGAUGUUUUGGUAGAGGCAUCAGGAGAAUUAUCAGCUCAGAGUUCUGUCAAUGUGUGUGAUAGGAAGACUCAUGGCAGCAUGAUCAUCCCCGAAAUAAGAAUAGAAGCACCAACUGAAGAUGAAGCAGAGGAAGAGGAUAGUAUGAAAGGUAAAUGUAUUGAUGAUCUCUAUGCCAAAGUGAUGAAGGAUCGGUCUAAGGGAGACGACCCAGAUACCUCAAAAGAGGAGACAAAUCUCAAUUCUCCUACAAGCCAGUCUUCAAAGGGAGGGAACUCUACUGCCAGUCAGUCUGAAGAGGAGUUGUUGGGAGCUUGUGGAGGCUGUGAGGAGCUCUUGGACACAAAUGAUGAAGGACCUCCCCUGCCAACCAGAAGAUAUGAAAGAAGUGUAUCUAGUGAGAGCACUUUGCGGUCAUCCAGAGGUCUCAGUGCGUCCAAGUCCUCUUUAUUGACUAACUUCAAAGACUCGGCACGUGUUCGGUUUCAAACUAUGCGGAAAGCCAUGAGCAUGGACAGGGGUCUGGACGAGGUUAACCAUGAUGAGAAGAAUAAAUUAGGGAAGAAGGAGAAAGGAGAGAAAGUGAAAGAGAAGAAUAAAGGAGACAAAGAAAAGAAAGAGAAGAAGAAGAAGAGUGACGGCAAGAUGAAGAAGGCACCUUCCCUGAAAUCCUUGAGCUCAUUGUUUGGAAGGAAGAAUCGGGACCGCCUCUCCUCCGUGGAGGGAGAGGCAGAUGAAAACAUCGAUGAACCUGUUAAAAAAGGCAAGAAAGAAAGGGGAUUCUUCAAAUCCAAGAAGAAGAGGCAGAUAUCUUCCCCUGUGAAUACCGUGGAUGUGCCAACCCACUUCCGGUGUAUAGGCAAACUGAAGGAAGUCAACCCUGAUGGCAGUCAGAUAAUAGAGCUGUCCAAACCCCCAGAUGGGCCUAUAGGGUUCUAUAUUGCUAAGGGCACAGUUAACUAUGACUACGGAAUCUUUGUGUCAAGAUUCACAGACGAUCAGCAGAAACUAUUUGCUGGGAUUCUUGGAGUGGGAGAUGAAAUUCUUGAAGUAAAUGAUCAGUCAGUUCAAGACAAAUCUCUUGACGAUGUUUAUGCCCUCAUGGCAGAGACUGAUAAGCCAAUCAUGAAAGUCUUCCCCAUCGUAGCACGAAAAGAAGUCUGAAUAGAAAGGGCAAUGUGUGGACAUAGAUGGUUUGGUUAUCUGUACUUAGCCAUUGAUGCCUGUAUAUUGCUGCUUGGAUGUCAGUGCUGGGACAUCAGUUCUUGGACACCAAUGCAUGGACAUCUGUUCUGGGACAUCAAUGCUUGGACAUCCAUUAUGGGACAUUAAUGCUUUGACAUCAGUUAUUGGACAUCCGUUUUGGGACAUCAAUGCUUGGACAUCUCUUCUUUGAUGUCAGUUCUUGGGCAUCAGCAUCAGUUUUGGACAUAACAUCUUAGACUUGGACAUCAGUUCUUGGACAUCAAUGUUUGGACAUCAGUGCAUGGACAUAACAUCUUGGACACUAGUGCUAGGACAUCAGUUCUUGGACUUCUGUUCUGGAACACCAA